ACCAGCGACGACGACCUCCACACACGCAAUUGAGAAAAAAAUGCAAGAUCCAUCAAAUCCCAACUCCAAGCCUCCAAAUGCGGCAGCUUUUCCUUUCAGGCCGUCUCACCACCGCCGUGCACACUCCGAGGUCAACUUUCGGCUACCGGAAGACCUAGAUCUGGUAUCAGACUCGUUCGAUGCGCCAUCUGGAAGCUUCGAAGAGAUUGGAUCUGAGGACGAUCUGUUUUCUACUUACAUGGACAUUGAGAAGCUCGGAUCUACCUUGAAUGACGGUGGUGGCGUUCUUGACAGCAAUCGGAUCAACAAUGCUGUUCUCGGAGGUGGAGCUUCGGACGAUAAUUACGGCGGCGGCGGUGAUGGAGAAAAGAGCAGCACGAGAUCCCGACAUCGACAUAGUAAUUCAGUGGAUAGUUCGAGUUUAUUUACGGAAAGUAUUGAAGCGAAGAAGGCAAUGGCUCCCGAUAAGCUUGCUGAGUUGUGGACUGUUGAUCCCAAGCGAGCUAAGAGGAUUUUGGCAAAUCGACAGUCUGCUGCUCGUUCAAAGGAGAGGAAAGCACGUUAUAUAACCGAGCUCGAGAGAAAAGUCCAGACCCUACAAACAGAAGCAACAACCCUUUCUGCACAAUUGGCUCUCUUCCAGAGGGACACAACUGGCCUGUCUUCCGAAAACACGGAGCUUAAGCUCCGAUUACAAGCUAUGGAACAGCAAGCUCAAUUACGUGACGCUCUGAAUGAGGCACUGAAGCAGGAAGUGGAAAGGCUGAGAAUGGCAACAGGGGAAAUAUCAAGGUGUUCAGAUGGUUACAACAUGGGGAUGGUGCACCAUGUUCGGUAUAACGAAGCAAACCUGUUCCGAAACCAGGAACAAACAGAGUACCAUCAGCAGGAUGCUCUUGGUCGUUUCCAAGGGCUCGAUAUCAGUAAUAGUAAUAGAGGUGGUUCGCAUCUUGUGAAGUCUGAAAGCCUUUCCAUGUCUGCCGGUGAAACCAGUGGUACCUUUUGAUUUAAUUUAAUUGAUUUUUUAUUUAUUUUUACAUGACUAGUGUUUUAGUCUUUAACAUGGUAUUUAAUGUCGUUCUUUUGUUGGGGGUGAUGGUGGUUUUGUCGUCUCGUCUGGUCUUUCUCUUGUAACGUGCCUGGAAUUUGGCUCAUUGUCAACUGUAUUUUCUUUAUUGAACUCCUGUUCUUGUGUUAAAUGUUUAUAUAAAAAUUUGUGUUUC